UUCCACCGACGACGCGACGGCACGGACUUCAGUUUAGGCGCAACCUCGAGAGAGUGUGUUACAUCGUUCUGUAAAUCGUCCUAGUGUGUAUCGUGCAACCCGUGUUGUUCUCGGGUGCGAGAUGAUUUAACACUUGGCGGUUCAGUGUUUAGUUUUUAUUUAUUUGGUGUUUUCUUUUUUUUUGUUUUACGCUCCACUUUGGAUUUUACUACGGAUAUAUUAUGCUGCAUGGAGAGAAGUGUUUGGUUGUGUUCUAUUAGGAAUUUGAAAACGAGUAUCUCUCUGAGCAACAUAUGCCCCAGAAGUCUUUUCAGUUCGAUCACCUCAAAACUGUAUUUAUGUCUUAGAAAUCCAAUAGACAAAACGAUAUUCAAGAUGUCAUUCACUGCAAUGUAUGUCCUAUUUCUCACCAUCCUUCUGAUGUCAACAACUCACGCCUCAGCCGCCUCAGCACUAGGUUGUCCAGUAGGUUGUAUGUGUAAUGACGAUACCUUUGUAGUUCAAUGCGAAAGAAGUAAGCUGGACGUCAUACCAAUUACACUGAACCCAGCAAUACAAAGACUGGUUCUGAGGAACAAUAAAAUAAAGACUAUAGACGCAGCUUUUCAGUUUUAUAAAGAAUUGCAAUAUGUUGAUUUGUCAAGUAACCAUCUGGUUAAUAUACCAAUGAGGAGCUUUGUUAACCAAGAAAAAUUACAGGAACUACACUUGAACAAAAAUAAGUUGUCCUCAAUAAACAAUAAAACUUUCCAGGGGCUUAAAUCUUUAACUGUACUUAAUCUUAGGGAAAACUUCCUCGAAGAAUUGCCCAAAGGAUUGUUUUCUAUACUGCCAAAGCUAGAAGAGCUUAACUUGGGCCAAAAUAGGAUAUCAAAAAUAGAUCCUUUAGCUUUCGAUGGACUGUUAACUCUACGAGUACUUUAUUUAGAUGAUAAUUCAUUAAGCUCAGUACCUACACACGCUUUUUCUGUUCUGGGAAGCCUAGCUGAACUGCACGUUGGCCUCAACGGAUUCACCACAUUACCAGAUGACGCUUUCCGUGGCCUAGGAAGACUUUCCGUGCUAGAUAUAAGCAGUGGGGGACUUUCCAAUAUCAGUACUGAUGCCUUCAGGGGUCUUACAGGGUUAAGAAUGCUGAAUUUGGCUGAUAAUAGACUUCAGUCCAUUCCCACGGUACAAUUGGCCCAUCUAACACGACUAGAAGAUUUAACGAUUGGUCAAAACGAGUUUGUUAGACUGGAUAAAGGUGCUUUCAAAGGACUAGCCAAUUUAAGGAAAAUAGAUAUAACAGGUGCAAACAAUCUGGAAUAUAUAGAAAAAGGUGCCUUUAGCGAAAACCUUAACCUCGAAACGAUCAUCUUAGUCAGCAACAAGAAACUCACUACACUCGAAGAUGGUGCACUGGUUGGUCUGCCAAAUCUAAGACACUUAGUGUUACGAGAAAACUCUUUUCGAACGCUCUCGGAAUCGAUUACAAGCUGGAACGAACUGAGAGGUUUGGAACUCACAGAUAACCCCAUCAACUGUGAUUGCCAACUUCUUUGGCUUCUAAAUUCCAUAAACUCAAAAAACAUAACAAAUGUCCAGUGCUCUACUCCCUUGCAACUUCGCGAUAGAUAUUUAAGGACACUUACCCCAUACGAUUUAGGCUGCUCGUUUCGCGAUAAUAGGCAACAAGCGAUCAUCAUUACGUUUUGUGUCAGUGCCACCAUACUAAUUGGAAUUUUAGGACUGUUUCUUUUUCGUUAUCGUCAAAGGGUAGGAGAAGCGCUUAAAGAUUACAAAUGGAACAAGCGGGCCAUAAGCAGGAAAGAACAUGAAUACCAGAAGACUUUUUCUGACGAAGAUUACAUCACUCGUACUGGACAACACCAUAUCAAACCGAUUCCGGUGACGGAAUUGUAGCUAGAGCUUAGCGCGCCACCUUCUGGGGUUUUCUGUUUAGAUGGAGAGGGUAGGCGUGCUGCUAGGGGCCCUCGGGGCACCUUACCCGCCACUGGAUUUACCUACAUCACCGGUGAUACAUGUCGAGCACAUUCGCUACGUUCACUUAAAGAUACAAGGAACGGUUUGCCGAAAUGCCACGUGGACUUAUACCAGCAUUAGUGCUUAAAUGACUAAAAACGAGCAAUAACAAAUUGAAUCCAUUCCAGUGUGUGAUCUAUCGAGUUUAGAGACUGUAUAUUAGCUGCUAUCUAUUAUAUUAUUAUUUUCUUGACAUGACUGACGUGCAUGAUGAAACAGAUUAUCAGAUAUCAUAAUAAAUUGUAUUUUCCUGACAUGAAACUCUUUAUACAUAUCGUUUUCAAACUUGCUAUGCUUAGUUUUAGUUCUUCGUUAACUCAAAUAAGGUUCCAUUAUCUAUUAGUUAUGUAUACCUUCAACUUAAGAACCAAAAAGUAAAUGACUAGGUAAAAAAUAAAGAAAAUAUUAGUAUAUCUCUGCUUACGGUGUUAUGUACAAACGCGCUACAUACCAUACAGCUCUCUUAUCUUAUCUGCUCUAAUUGUGAAAUAAUAAUAUAUUAUUAGCUCGGGACCCUAUCUAUUCUUUUGUUAUUUUCUUCGUUUGGCGCUGUCUUCAUCCUUUCCAACUUGGAUAUUUUUUCAGUAGUGGCUAAUAGAGCCACAAUUCAAAUACAUUGUAUUAGGUACAUUGAGUGAAUACAACAAAAUGUGAUUUACAAGCACUGCACUAUAAAAAUAUUUAUGUGUCAUAUAUAUAUAUAUAUAUAUAUAUAUAUAUAUAUAUAU